AUUCGAAAAUUUCCCAGAGAUGCAACCAUGUGGUUGUUAUUUUCAUGAUAGACGCUAUAUUUGUGGAAAUUGUCGAAAAUCCGAGAUUUUGUUCAAAUAAUUAAUAAAAUGGUGCGUGCAGUAAAGGAAACUGGGUUUGUGGUGGAGAAGAUUUGUGACAAAAGAAUAACACCAGAAGGAAAAGUUGAAUAUUUCAUUAAAUGGCGAGGAUAUCCAAGCGCUGAAAAUACAUGGGAGCCGGAGGAGAAUUGUGACUGUCCAGCUUUGAUACAAAAGUUUGAAGAGUCACGAGCUAAAUCAAAGAAACGGGGAGAGAAGAAACCCAAAGUUGAAGAAAUCCAAAAGCCUCGAGGCUAUGAACGUGGUCUUGCAAUGGAGCAAAUAGUUGGAGCAACUGACGAAACCGGUGAUGUAUCAUAUUUAAUAAAGUGGCAAUUUUGUGAUGAGCUUGACUUGGUCGUAGGAGAAGAAGUGCGACAGAAAAAUCCCGAGUUUGUAAUUGACUUUUUCGAGAGACGUUCGCCAUUUCAGCGCGUCAUUAACGAACGCUUGCUGGGUGUUCCCGACGAACUACGAGUAAUGAAUAUGAAUGAGUUACAACCUACGGUCAUCAACGAACAAAUGACUACUGGUGAUUCAGAUGCUGUAAAUAAUGUAAAUACAAGUUUGGCUGCAGAUGACAUUACUCAGCACACCGCUAAUGAAAGCACUGGAAGCGUUGAUGCUACUGCAGUUUCAUAUUCUAUUCCAGUACCCGGCGUUGGCAAUAUCGCAAUAGAUGUGCCCCUUUUAGAUACUUCAGCUUUACAGUAAAGUUUUUACUAAAAUAUGAUUUCACCAUUUCUUUACAUAUAAUAAAAUUGUAACCGGCCGAUGUCUGUACAUUAGAGAUAUUAAAGAAAAAUUAAUAUGCCUGGUCUUUAUUAGAGCAACAGAAGCCAUAUCAACCUUACGCUACAAUUUUGCUUACUUGUGCUGCUUCCACAUUUGCUAUUUCAUCGAAACGUAUUAUUAAUUAAAAACGAUAAUCUGGCAUUUUUAAGGGCUUUCUACAUAAGUUCCUUGCUAUUUUUAAUGCUUAU